AUGUUAAAGGUAUAUGGUAUCGUUAUUUUUGCGAUAUUCUUGACGUUUGCGAUUGCUGGUUUGGGAAAGCAUCAUUCGCUUCACCCAACAACACAUCCAAAACGUGAAACAGUUGCAGACAUUCACAAUACGAUAUCAAAUUUGCUGAUGUCGAGCGUAAAUCCUAAGAAUAUCAAAGAAAACUUACGGCGGUUUACCAGAGAACCUCACAUAUCUGGAACGGAUGCCAAUAAGAAAGUGGCUUACGAUAUCGUUCAGAAGUGGAACGACAUUGGUUUGGAAGAUGUGCACAUGAUUCCCUAUGAGGUUUUACUCUCGCAUCCUGAUUUUACAAUUCCAAACACGAUCACAAUUGAGGACGCUCAGGGAAAACCUCUAUUCAAAAGUGCGGGACUCAGCCCCGUCAUUCUUCCCGAUGAACAAGCAAAGACUGCUGGACAUCAGUGGCUUGCCUAUUCAGCUUCCGGACGGGUGACAGCCGAAGUGGUAUACUGCAAUCGCGGGCAACUGCAGGACUUUGAAAAUCUUAAAAGGAUGAAGGUAGACUUGAAGGGAAAAAUCGCUUUAAUGCGCUUUGGUGAGGGCUUUCGUGGUGAUAAAGUACACAGGGCGCAUCAGAAUGGUGCUGUUGGUGCCAUUAUAUUCUCUGAUCCAUACGACGUAGCGCGAGAUGGAAUUAAUCAAGCUGAUGUUUAUCCAAACACAGUAUGGAUGCCGAAUGAGGCAGUACAGCGAGGAUCUAUCAUGCAUGGAAAUGGUGAUCCGCUCACUCCUCUCUAUCCAUCUAGGGCGGAUCUCUUCAAGAGUCGUACAAUCGAGCAGGCGAAAAAUGAGGGUAUUAUCCCCAAAAUACCGGUGCUGCCUGUUUCUUAUACAACAGCGUACCAUAUACUGUCACGACUGAAGGGCCGUCCCGUCCCGCAACCAUGGCAAGGAGCAAUUAAUGUAACAUACCGUACUGGACCAGGAUUUCAAAUGGAUGAGAAACUGACUAUGGAAGUGCAUGGAAAACUCAAAGUAAAGACAAUUCGAAAUGUGGUAGGGUAUAUUCGUGGAAAAGAUGAACCCGAUCGUUACGUGAUACUAGGCAAUCAUUAUGACGCUUGGGUUUAUGGCUCUGUGGACCCUAACAGCGGCACUGCCAUACUGACCGAAGUGGCACGUGCCAUGAUGCACACCGUAAACAAAACUGGAUGGAGGCCUGCACGUACUGUCAUGUUUGCUGCAUGGGACGGCGAGGAACACGGAAUCAUCGGUUCUACUGAGUUUGUAGAGGAGUUUGCCGAGAUACUCAGACAGAGAGGUGUUGUCUAUUUGAAUAUGGACUGCCUUCAUGGGAAUACAAGCCUCCAUGUGGGAUCGAUACCAUCUCUCCACCAUGUACUCUUUGAAGCUGCUAAAAAGGUUUCAAAUCCAUCGAAGGCGGAACAAAGAAAGGGUCGAAAAACGUUGUAUGACUCGUGGUUGAAGACGUUUCCUUCGUCCAUUCCUGGAUUACCUGAUAUUCCCGUCCCCGGUUCUGGUUCUGAUCACGCGUCGUUUCUUAUAUUUUCCGGAAUUCCUGUAGUGGAUAUCACAUUUAAAAAUGCCACUACUUAUGACAACUAUCCCCUUUACCACACUAUGUAUGAAACGCCAUUUCUGAAUGAACACCUUCUAGACACGGACGGUUUUUCGGUACAUAAAGCGGUUGGGCAAUUCUGGGUCGAAUUGGCACGUAUCUUCACAGAUGAGCCUGUCCUACCCUUCAAUUCAACCGAAUUGGCCGUCGCUAUCCUGAUGGAUUAUAUUCCUGCAUUGGGUGAAGCGCUGAAACCUUUGAAGAAGUUUGAGAGGAUCAUGAAUUUCACACACUCUGCCUUCUCCCAGAAUCCAUUCGAUUCACGGCACCUCACGGCUGUCAACGAGCGACUCAUGAACAUUUAUCGAUGUUUCAUCAAUCCUCGUGGCACUGCGCUGGCACCCCAAUCUCGACACGUUCUCUAUUCGAUUAGUGAUCAAGACAGCUACUCUAGCAGACAAGUGGCUGCUGUUUAUGAUGCUGUAAGUGGAGAAGAGACGCUUGGUGCCACAAUUGCCAAUCAGAUUUCGAUCGUACAACACUCUAUUCAAUGUGCUACGAACACUCUCAAGGAUCUAAUUUGA